AUGGCCGCGCGACGUCGCCAUGCCGAGGAGCCCUGCAGCCAGCUCUGUGGAGUGGAUUUGCUGAAGAACCUCCGGCAGAGGUCUUUGCAGGUGAACCUCGUUGAGGCCAACCAGGUGCUGGGGCAGCUGGACUGGCGCGAAGCCCUGGAGGCCCUGCAGUCCAUGCGGCGCUUGGCCUGGAGGCCGACGGUCAGGAGCUUUGGGGCGGCCGUCGCUCGUGUGGGCGCCGCGCUUGGCGCGGGCGCGAGCACGGGCGCCUGGCGCCGGGGCCUCACUCUGCUGGGUGAGAUGCAGGUCCUUCAGGUCGAGAGCAAUACCAUUUGCACGAACGCCUCGAUGAAGGCACUGGGGCGCGCACGGUGGGCACAAGCUGCCGAGACGCUCCGGGAGAUGCCGUGGAAAUGGCUCCAGCCCAGUGAUGUGACCUUUUCGAGCCUGGUCAGCAGCGUCUCCUGGCGCCGCGCGGUCCGCCUGUCACGAGCGAACACCAUCAGCUACAACGCCUCCAUCAGCGCAUGUGAGAAGGACGGCGCCUGGGAGGCCGCAACCACGCUCCUGGCGAAGAUGGAGGCCUCCUUGGUGCGAGUGGAUCGGGUGAGCUUCAAUGCCCUGCAGUCCGCUCUGGGCUCCGUCGCCCAGUGGCGCGCGGCCAUCGACCUCGGGUCAGGUGGUCUGCGACAGGAUGCCAUCACACUGGGCACCCUGCUGGCAGGAUGCAAAGAAGGCCACCAGUGGCCCUUGGCCGCACAGCUCCUCUUCACGGCGGACUGGUCGCUGCCCCGGCGGUGCUACAAUGCCUGCUUGAGCGUUUAUGAGCACUGCUGCUUUUGGAAAGAUGCUCUAGUCCUUUACAGGCAUCUGUGCCUUGCAGUGGGUGCAGAUGAAGUCAGCCUCAACGCUCUGUCGAGCGCCUUUGCGUCCGCCGGCCUCUGGGCUCGGGCGUGGGCGCUCCUGCGCACGAUGCCUGAGAUCCGACACGUGCCCGACGAGAUCAGCUACAACACAGCGAUGGACGCCUGCAAGACAGGUGGGCGCUGGUUGGUGGCUUUCUUCCAACUCGCUUCUUGCUCGAAUUCACACGCACCUGGUGUGAUCAGCUACAACUCCGCUCUCCACAAUCUCCACUCUGCCACCGCAUGGAACCUAUGCUGGGCGCUGCUACAAGAGAUGUGCUGCUCACGUGUCGCGCCCAGUGUGGUCACCUUGAACACAGGUCUGGCACUUCACGAGAGGCAACCCCAUGCAUGGCCCAAAGCCGUUUGGAUGCUCUUCAGCAUGUCCCGCUACAGCUGUCGGCAGGAUUCCAUUAGCUAUGCGGUAUCCACACCCUGGUGCCGAAGUCGCCAGCUGCUGGAGCAUGCUCAAAGCAAGACGCUGACCCCUUCGCCGGCGGCGCUGGGAGCAAUGGUCUCUUCGAUGCCCUUGGUUUUGUGGCGCCAAAGCCUUUACUUCUACCACCAUGUGCGCGGGGCGGCCACUAUGCUGAGCCGCCUCCGUGCCUGCGACGCCGUUGCCGCGGCGCAUGCCGCGAACGGCGCCGCGGCGCCCCUGCGUGCCCUGCCAGAGAUGCUGGAGGGCGUGGCCGGCGCGAUGCAGGAACUGCGGAAAAAGAGGCUGGACUUGUGGAGUGCCGGUGAUUUGGGCAUGGAGUUGGAGUUGGAGUUGUUUCAGACGAAUUUGGGCCAGACUCCAACAAAGGGAUCGAAAGGACAAGCUAGCCAGCGGAAGAGCUUUGGAAUGCAGGGAAUUGACCAGACCGGCAUGCCGCCCUAA